GGAAGCGACUGGUGAGAGGUGCUGGGACAAGAUGGGAAUUAUCCGGGGCCCCUUUCAGGCCCCCGAAGAUGCUCUCCAGAUACACUCGGGUGGGAAGAAACUGGGUUACUCGAGCCAGAAGGGAAUGUGGGCCGGCUAUAUACCGGUUGCCUGUUCGUACACCGCAGUUCAUUCUUCCUUCUCGUCGCGAUCGACAAGUCGUGGACGAGCUAACGUUCCCUAUUGGCCUGGCCGAAAAAUAUACGCAUACUUCAGUCCAUAUAUACGGGCCACGAAAGACGUUCCAACUCUUUCCUAUCGUAGCACCUUCUUAUUGGCAAUUCACUGUUGCAAUUGCCUCUUUGGUUAGAAGAUCCUUGAAAGUGAACAAAAAUCGACAGAGUAUCCAGAGGAAGAGUCUCUUUAGCAACAGUAAAUAUGAAGACGAUAUGGUUGAUGUUGGUUCUCGUUGCCGUUGUGGUGAAUGCUCAACGCCGACUAGCCCUUCCUGAUCCACGCAGCUGUGCCAACCGGGUACGACAUGCUACUUAUAGGGACGCUAGAGGUGUUGCACAUUCGUAUUUCUUCAGCUGGGAACAUCAACCGACUAGAAAUCUUGAAGUAGAUUGGUUGGAUGCUCGUAAUAUCUGCCGCAGACACUGUAUGGACGCAGUUUCUCUUGAAACACCACAAGAAAAUGAAUUCAUCAAACAGAGAGUGGCAAGAGGAAAUGUGAGAUAUAUCUGGACAUCCGGACGGAAAUGCAACUUCAAUGGUUGCGACAGACCGGAUCUUCAGCCGCAGAAUAUCAACGGAUGGUUCUGGUCUGGUUCUGGAGCCAAAAUUGGACCAACCACACAACGUAAUUCUGGAGAUUGGAGCAACACUGGUGGAUUUGGCCAAGCACAGCCUGAUAACCGUGAAGCUGCUCAAGGCAAUGACGAGUCUUGUUUGUCAAUCUUGAACAACUUUUACAACGACGGCAUCAAGUGGCACGAUGUAGCCUGCCAUCAUCGAAAACCAUUCGUCUGCGAGGACAGUGACGAACUUUUGAACUUCGUCCUUUCUAGAAACCCUGGCAUUCGCUUUUAAAAGCUUUUCGUAGCUUCUAUUAAUUCUUGAAUGUUCAAUGUCUAAGAUUUUUCGAUCGCGCAAGAGUAGCAAAAAACUUUUCUAUCUCUUGAACCUUCUAAUUUAUAUAAUUACAAAGUAUAAUGAUCCAUUAUAAUUAGAAUUAAUUUAAAUACUUUCAUUCAUUCACAAUUGUAUCAUACGGAAUUCUCGAAAUGAAUUAAAUUAGAAUUUGAUAAAUUAGAUAUUGAACAAUCAAGCAUUGCAUUAGAUUUAGACUAAGUAGAAGCUGCCUAUAUCUAAGUUUUAACUUUUGUACACUUUUUCUAUACAAAAUAAAAAGCAUUCGCUAAGAAA